UUAUCCAACCAGGACUUGUCUACUUGCUGCAUACUCAAUAGGUUGUUUUUUUGUUUUUUUUUAACUCCAGCAUGUAACUCCACCACAAAGGAGCUGAAGUUCAAAUAAGGCUGCUUUAGUCCUGCAUGAAGUGAUAGAUUCAAAACUUCGGAAUUGAAAUGCCUGAGUUCUCUUCUUUCAUCAAAAGAAAGUUACUACUUCAGCCUAUUGUCCCUCCAUGCCUAUAGCAUGAGGAUGUUCAUCUUAGAUUCAGCAACUAGCUGUCUUUUUUUCUAUCAAAGAAAAGAGUUUAAACAAUAAGAAAAACAAGAUUAUCAGAGCCUUAGGGCAUUAACUUUUCUAAUUAUAGUAUCAAAUGUAUAAAACUUUUCAGUGGCAGAGUCUAGCUAGCUUUCACUGCAGACAUACUUCUGAUACAGAGAUGUCACAGUUCCCAUGGAUAAACUGUUCAGUUAAUCUUUGAUAAAAAGCACGUUAAAGACUGAAGAAAGAAGACAAAGGCAAAGGAAACACGAAUGAAACGACAUUUUCGGAAAUUUCUCAAAAAACAGAAAACAUCAGAAAAUUUGUUUUGGAAAUGACGACACAUGGUGUUUCCAAAAGGAAAUGUUCUCCUCAGACCAGCACCUGUUGACUGAAAUUGAUGGCUGCUUGGAUUUUAGAAGUUCAUUUGUAGAAGAAAAGUUAUCCAAAAAUAAAGAAUGACGAAGGCAGCAAGAUUAACUUGCUUAUUACUAAUUGCAGUCAUUGGAGUGACUGCUAGCAAGACACAGGAAUUUGAAAGCAGUGAUGAGGGCACAGAGCAAGAAUUCAUUUACAUGAACAGGUAUAAGCGGUCCAGCGACACACAGGACAAGUGCACUUACACCUUUAUUGUACCUCAGCAGAAAGUGACAGGUGCCAUUUGUGUUAAUUCAAAGGAGCCUGAGGUUCUUCUUGAAAACCGGGUAAAUAAGCAAGAAUUAGAGCUGCUUAACAAUGAACUUCUAAAGCAAAAGAGACAAAUAGAAACUCUUCAGCAAUUGGUGGAGGUGGAUGGUGGGAUUGUUAAUGAGGUUAAACUUUUACGAAAAGAAAGUCGGAAUAUGAACUCUCGUGUCACGCAACUUUAUAUGCAGCUGCUACAUGAAAUUAUUCGAAAACGGGACAAUGCAUUAGAACUUUCCCAACUUGAAAAUAAGAUAUUGAACCAAACUGCUGAUAUGUUGCAACUUGCAAACAAAUACAAGGACCUAGAGUACAAAUAUCAACAUUUGGUGUCAAUUGCCAAUAACCAGUCUAUAAUUAUUGCACAGCUAGAAGAACAUUGUCAAAGAAUGCCAUCCAUUAAGCCAAUACCCCAACCUCCCCAACCACCAAACAAAAUGUAUCAGCCUCCUACUUACAAUCGCAUUAUCAACCAAAUAGCUACCAAUGAGAUUCAGAGUGAUCAGAAUUUAAAGGUUCUACCACCUAAUCUACCAACCAUGCCACCAGUUACUAGCAGUCCAACUUCAACUGAUAAACCAUCUGGACCGUGGAGAGACUGUCUACAGGCAUUAGAAGAUGGCCAUGACACCAGUUCCAUCUAUCUUGUGAAACCUGAAAAUACAAAUCGACUUAUGCAGGUCUGGUGUGACCAACGACAUGACCCUGGUGGCUGGACUGUCAUUCAGAGACGACUCGAUGGAUCAGUCAACUUUUUCAGGAACUGGGAUACUUACAAGCAAGGAUUUGGUAACAUAGAUGGAGAGUACUGGCUGGGUUUAGAAAAUAUUUAUUGGCUUACAAAUCAAGGCAACUACAAACUGCUUGUAACUAUGGAAGACUGGUCAGGUCGAAAAGUAUUUGCUGAAUAUGCCAGUUUCAGAUUGGAGCCAGAGAGUGAAUAUUACAAGUUGAGACUGGGUCGUUACAAUGGCAACGCUGGGGAUUCUUUCACUUGGCACAAUGGGAAGCAGUUCACCACACUGGAUAGAGACCAUGACGUAUACACAGGUAACUGUGCUCAUUACCAGAAAGGAGGAUGGUGGUACAAUGCCUGUGCUCACUCAAACCUCAAUGGAGUCUGGUAUCGGGGAGGACACUAUCGUAGUCGAUACCAGGAUGGUGUUUACUGGGCUGAAUUCCGUGGUGGAUCAUAUUCACUAAAGAAAGUUGUUAUGAUGAUCAGGCCUAACCCCAACACGUUCCACUGAAAGAAUUUUUUCCUCUUUUAAUUUACUGUUUAAAACAGAACAAUGAAAUGGCAGUAAUAGCUGCAUGUGCUAUCCGGAAUACAUCUUUAUGGCAGCAAAGAAUGUAAGAUAUUGUACAUUUAUUGCUACAAUUUGAGGACUUGUAUAUUGUAUUUUCAACAUUCAUUCUAGCAAAAGAUACAAUGUAAGUGAUAUAAUAAACUUUCAGAACAUCUUUCUUUGUACCACAAAUAAUUAAGGUUCUUGUUUCUAGAACUGGGAUUUGACAUGGACUGUAGAUAACACUUCCGGGUUUUAUUCCCUGUAAAUUAUGUCUAGAUGCUAAAAAUACUGCCACAGCAUCUAAAUAUUUUGUAUUAUGUAUAAAUAUUCUCAAAUACAGUACAAUCUGUACAGCAAGAGUUUUAUUCUUAUUAGUAGGGAUCAUUUGACACAGGAAAUCACAUCCUUUGAAACCAUGUAGUUGGUAUAUGUACUGUAGGGUAUUAGUGGGAUUAUUCCUAAUUUAAUUUUUAUUAAUUGUUAUAGAUAAAACAAUCACUAAAUCAUUUCAGUUUGUGGGCAGACACCCAAAUAGUUACCGUAAUAAUUAAUCCAGUCUGUCACUCUCACUCCUCUUGAUGUACAUGCCAUCAUUCUCAAAGCUGACCUCUGAUACAAACAUUUUUGAUCAAGAAAGGAAAAUGAGUGUUUUAAAAUUGAACUGCCUGCAUGUAUUUAUAAACUAAUCCAAACUUAUAAUGGCUAUUGCAUAUUAUAUAGCCAACAUGAAUAACGUUAAUUUUCAUAUAAAACAAUAGCCUAAAUAUUUAACAUUAUUUUAUACUGAGCUACGUCAUUACCUGCUGUGUAGCCACUGUAAUCAGAAAAUGGCUACAAAUUAAAGGGGCUAUCCAACUUUGCAGGCAAAUGAUGGAUACCGAUCUAUAUUCUAUUUAACGUCCUUAGCCACAAGAUUAAGAUUCUUGGAAGAAAAUAUUUGUAACCAAGAACAAUUAUAUUUGUCAUAUUUCACAAUUAUUAAUGAGUACAUUGUGUGUCAACAUAUUAAAGAGAAUUAGUCACUCAUAUUUAUAACUAAAAUCAAUUGUGGAAACUUGGAGAAUUUUAGAAUUCUGCUGAGGUAGAUAUGUAGAAUAGAUAAUUGUUGCAAAUUAGAAACUACAGUGAAAACCAUAAAAUUUAGUGAAAGAAUGUCUGAGAAAAACAAAAAAAGCUCUUGGCAAUUUGGCAUACCUUACAAUAAGCCUGUGAGAUUUUUUUUUUUUUUUUACCAUGUGCAUAUUAUACUUUCUUCCCUUAUUACCUCAUUAUUUCUUUACAAAUGUAUGAUGUGCAUUAAAAACUGGUGAUGCCUGAUGUAGCAUGUGUUGUAUAUAAAUGAAAGUAGGGUUUUUAAUAUAUUAUCAGAUUAUCCUUGUAAUAUUGCAAAUUGGUAAUAAAGCAACAAAUGCUA